AUGUUGGCAGCAUCGUCAAUCAGCAACAAGUUUUUGUGUCCAAUAAUCUAUCAGUUGGAUAAAAAUCUAAAAACUUCUGUCAUUUUAUUCUUAUCUUUAUUUGAGGUUAUGUUGAUAAAUGAAAUAACAAGGAAAGAAAAAAGAGCAAUGAGAAAUGUUAUACAGUAUAAUUUACAGAAAGAGUUGCUGUCUUUAAUGAACGAAGCUAGUCCCUUUCUGAGGCCAAAUUAUACUUAUGCAGUUCAAUGA